ACACUGGUUUAAAUGCAACAACGUCAACAACGUAGGAAACAUUGAUUAAUUUUUUUCUUAUGUGAAUUUCCAAAAAUAAAACAAACAAUUGCAUACUGGAAUUUAAAUGUUUAGUCAUAAAAUAAUUUAUUUAAAUACAAUAAUCAUUUGCAUAUUAGCAUUUGAAUAAGAAGACUGGAACAAAUAACGGAGUAAACAAAAACAAUCCGUUCGCAGAGUGAGUCGAGCAGAUUAAAACAGACCCCAUACAGCAGAAGCCACAUAAAAGUUGGGACACAAAAGACAUGUCCUACUUUGCUCAUAGUGGUGAUUUGGUUAAUCUAAAUGUAGGGGGUCAGAGAUUUUCCACAUCACGCCAAACUCUUACCUGGAUACCGGAUACAUUUUUUACAGCCUUACUCAGUGGGCGCAUAUCUAGCCUUAAAGAUGAAACAGGGGCAAUAUUUAUCGAUAGAGAUCCAUCAUUAUUUUCUAUAAUAUUAAAUUAUUUACGAACCAAGGAAAUUGAUAUAAAAAACUGUGAAAUACGAGCUUUACGCCAUGAAUCUGAAUAUUAUGGUUUGACACCAUUGGUAAAGCGUUUAGCACUAUGUGAAGAUUUAAAUCAUUCCUCUUGUGGAGAUGUUUUAUUCUACGGUUUUCUACCAGCUCCGGCUAUACCGCCUAAUGAUAAUAUUGUUGUAAAUCAACAACAAGGAUGUUCUUCCAUUGAUUCUAAUUCUCCGCGUAACAAUGCGGUGAAUAUGUCAGCAGCACCAGUGCCGCUGGAACAAUGCUUGCCAUCAACUUCAACGGCCGGUUCAAAUGCUCGUCCAGGUUCAAUGGUGCGUGUGCCAGAAUCUGCGAAUGUGGUAUCUAAUCGUCUUAGCUCUCAUUCACGUAAUUCAUCGUGGGAUUUGAGAUUGGGACGUGGUAGUUCUACUUCACAAGACAGCCGUUGCUGGUCAAAUAACAAUCGUGGUGAACAUUCUCGAAAUCCUUCUUUAGAUUUUAUGCGUCAUUCUCGAAACUCAUCGGCAGAUUUAAAUAAAUUAAUACGUAAUGAUGUCGGCUUAGUAUUUUCGCCAACACUCAGUUCAAAUUGGGUUGAUCCCUUGCGUGUACAAAUCAUUAAAGCUCAUCAAAAUUGGUUCGCAGUGGCCUAUGCUCAUUUUGUGGCCUGUUACCGAGUCAAAGAUUCCAAUGGCUGGCAAUUGGUUUUCACUUCUCCCUACAUAGACUCCACAAUCGAAAGGAUUGCUAUAAACUCCAAGGUUAACAUGUCGACGGCUGAACCUAUACCCAGCAAGAUGGUGGCAAUAUCUUAUGGCAGUCAGAUACGUUUGUGGAGUAUCCAUGAGGGAGGAAAUAAAACUGAUAUCGGUACAUUUAAUUUGAAUGUACGAGUAGAGUAUUUAUUUUUUAUUGGUAGCCAAUUGGUAGCUUUGUCAUCGUCGGGGAAAAUAGGAGUCUGGCACGCUAUGACCCAGCACUGGCAAAUACAGGAUUUGGUACCGGUUUUAUCAUUUGAUUCCGCAGGUUCAUUCCUACUAUUGGGUUGUAACAACGGUUCCAUAUAUUAUAUAGAUAUGCAAAAGUUUCCCUUGCGAAUGAAGGACAAUGAUUUACUUGUAACUGAACUGUAUAAAGAUCCCAAUUUAGAUCCAAUAACUGCAAUUUCGGUGUAUUUAACACCAAAAACUUCAAGCAUUAGUGGUAAUUGGAUUGAAAUUGCUUACGGAACAAAAAGUGGUGCAGUACGUAUUAUUGUACAGCAUCCGGAAACUGCUGGUCAUGGUCCUCAUCUUUUCGAAACUUUCACUGUACAUCAAAGUCCUGUAACAAAAGUUAUGCUCUCUGAAAAAUAUCUAGUUUCAGUGUGCAGUGAAUAUCACCAUGUACGUACCUGGAGUCUGACCAGAUUUCGUGGCAUGUUAUCAACACAGCCCGGCUCUACACCAGAGGCAUCUUUUAAAAUCGUAUCUUUGGAAGCAACAGAAUCGAAUUAUAGUUAUGUAGCUGGCAAUGAUUUUGGUCCCUAUGGUGAUUAUGAUGAGCAAAUAUUUGUACAAAAAGUUGUACCAGAAACAGAUCAACUGUAUGUGCGUUUAGCUUCGAAUGGUGAACGGGUUUGUGUGAUAAAAUCUGUUGAUGGUUCGUCGAUAACAUCAUUUUGCGUCCAUGAAUGUGAGGUUAGCUCUCGAAUGGGCUCUCGUUUUAUAUUGACGGGUCAUUGCAAUGGCAACAUACAAAUGUGGGAUCUCACAACAGCGCUAUCUUUAUUUUCCAAAAAAGAUGAAAGCCAGGCGCAGAAAAUCAAUGGCGGACCCGAUACCAACGAGCUACUCCGCCUACUUGACCAGUGUGAGAUCAGUAAUAGCCUCUGCUCAACGCCUUGUAUGUCACCAUGUCUCUCAGCUUUUGGAGGGAUGGCAAAUACCACUAUAGCCCGCAUGAAAGCCAGUAAUUUGGCAUUACUCAAUCAGUCUCUGCAGCAGACAUCAACGGCAGCGUCAACAUCUUCAUCAGCACCAGCAUCAUCGUCAUCAUCCGCAGCUGCCUCGUCAUCAGCUCAACACCAUCCCCAACAACCAGGACAAUCUCAACACAAUAUGCCACAUGGCAAUGGUGGUAAUAUUAGUGAAUGAAAUACGGUAGCGACGUUUGCAGAGGCGGCGUUAGUCGGGCGUAUUUCUUCACAAUUUUCAUUUUGUCAUUUUUUUAUUGGUUUUAAAUAUUUUUUGUGUAAAUUGUUACGUUUCAUAGUAUGUUGCUUGUUUUACAUAUGUGUUUUGACGCUAUGUUUUAUAAUUACUAUCUGAUAGCAUCACUAAAACCACCCUAAAUUAACCUUGAAAAGGUAACUCGUAAAAAUAUUAAAUUUAAUUAGACGUUUAUAAAACAUGUGUAAUAAACAGAUAUUACACAUGUUUUAUAAAUGUUUCUCAGCAUAUACAUUACCUAUAUAUAAUAUAUUUUUUAAAUAAACAUUUUCUAUAUUCUAUGUACAGGUAGAUAUUUAAUUUUUUUUAUUAAAAAUUCUUUAAAAAGA